CGAUGGAACAUUGGUAACUCUUCUUACCUAACGUGGUCUUCACAUAAUUUUCUGGAAAAUUUAAAUACUUGUGCUGUAAAUUGUAAUAAUCUUCCACCUCUAUCCUUCUAGUAGUGGAAAGAAUCAGGGUUCUCUAGGAACACUAUGAAAAUUUGGUGUCUUCACUGUCAAAUGUGAGUGGGGAAUGUCAUUUUAAUUUCAUAUUUUCGUGUAGAUAGUAUAUAUGUUUUUCCUCAGUAUAGUCAAGAGACCACAAUUUUACCAAAUAUCAAGUGUUCGAAUUACAGAAAAAUCUAAUCGUAUAUUUUUACUACAGUGUUAUACAUAUGAAAGGAAAAAAACAUACUUCUUUUUUCCAUUCAAUUCCCUAUUUCUCCCAUUAAACUGUACAUCCUUAAAGUCCACAAGUACAAUCUAGUUGUCAAAGAAAGUCACAAUUCAAAGUAAUUCAUGUGUUCGAAUCCACAAAUGUCAGCAUUUGUUGCAUGCAUUACACCAAUUAGUGCAUAUAUGUUGUUUAAUGAAGGGUUUAUCAUUUGUCAUGAUUAAGUGAUGUGUGUUGUUACUUGAGUCCAUCCUUAAUCAUGAAAAAUAAGUUUGAUUUGAUGCAAACAGUGCAUCGAAGUAAUUUUUUUCCUUAGCCGAUUUGCUCGGUUGGCCUCUGCAAACAUAUUAAAUAGAAAUGAUAAAAAACUUACACCCUUGCAAUAAUGCUUAAAAAAGUUUUACCUCUUCCCAUCAGGUGCUCUUUAGCUGCACGUCAAAGGAAGAUGAAAGAACAGAUGGCUAUAUUAGGGAAUAAUAGAAUUGAAGAUGUUCGGUGGCUUUGUUCCUUAACCAAAUCUGAGCUUGAUUUAUUGAUAGGUUUGAAAGUUCUGAUACAACAACGUGCCAAAAAGAUUGGUCAUAAGUCUUUAGCUAUCAAGUUUGAUUUGAAGACCCUUCGAGCCCUCAGUUUCAUUUUGAUGGAGAAUCUUAAUGGAAAACUUAAAGAUCUCUCCGGUACACCUGGUACAGCCGAGUCCUCAUCAACUUUAGAUGCAUGUAAUUUGUUGAAUUACGGUCUAGACAAGACUUUUGCAAAUAUGGGGGUUGAACAGCUGAGCUCCUACAUUUGCAACGAUAAGAGGAAGAGAAUUAUGGAGAUGUUUUUUGAAGACAUGUCUCCAAAUAGAAAGCAGAGAGUUAACAGUGACAACAGUAGAUCCAUGUAGCUAUAUAAGCAGAUUAUAAGUUCUUUCCUAAUAUGUAAUAUUCAAAUUUUGAUGUGAAGGGUUAUUAUUGCUUAUUUUGGUUUCACUUUUUGAACUAUAUAAGGUGUAACUUUAAUAUAUUUUUACUUUUAAUCUUCUUA